GCCAUCUUGGAGCUGAAUAAAGUUGAUCCCAGUCUCUUUUGUGGUGUCUGUCAAAUCGGAAGGUCUGAGAUCACUAAACAGACAUUUAAACCGACACUUCCGACUCCCGUCAGACUACGACCUGAGGAAACACAUUAACCUAAACCUUCAAGCACCCGUUUAACACCUCCUGAGCUCAUAACGACAUUAAAGCACAAGGAGCCUGAAUGGAGGCCCACGGUUCAGCACGAUUGUCCAGGAAGAGAAAGAGAGACGGUUCAAAUGGAGAGGCAGAGGAGGGCGAGAAACCCCUGAAGUUAAAACGAUGCACAGUGGGUCUGAAAUACCCGGCUCCGUAUGCAGAUCAGCUCGAGUCAAUGGAAGAAAAGCCAUAUCAGCGCGUCACCAUGGAGGAAGCUCGCCGAGGCACUCCACCCGACAGGCCUGUGCGUGUGUAUGCUGAUGGCAUCUUCGACAUGUUCCACUCAGGACAUGCACGGGCUCUCAUGCAGGCUAAAUGCCUUUUCCCAAACACUCACCUUAUUGUAGGUGUGUGUAGUGAUGACCUCACACACGAGUUAAAGGGCUUCACCGUCAUGAAUGAGGAUGAACGCUAUGACGCGAUUAGUCACUGUCGCUAUGUGGACGAGGUGGUCCGGAAUGCUCCGUGGACUCUCACGCCCGAGUUCCUCACCAAGCAUCGGAUUGACUUUGUGGCCCAUGACGAUAUCCCAUAUUCCUCAGCUGACAGUGAUGAUGUUUACAAGCACAUCAAAGAAGCAGGAAUGUUUGCACCAACCCAACGAACAGAGGGUAUUUCCACCUCUGACAUCAUCACACGCAUCGUUCGAGAUUAUGACGUGUACGUCAGACGGAAUCUACAGCGCGGCUACACCGCGAAAGAGCUUAACGUCAGCUUUAUCAAUGAAAAGAAGUACAACCUUCAGGAGCGUGUGGACAAGGUGAAGAAGAAAGUGAAGGACGUGGAGGAGAAGAGUAAAGAGUUUGUGCAGAAGGUGGAGGAGAAAAGCAUCGACCUGAUCCAGAAAUGGGAAGAGAAGUCCCGCGAGUUCAUCGGCAACUUCCUACAGAUGUUUGGACCGGAGGGAGCGUUGAAGCACAUGCUGAAGGAAGGGAAAGGUCGAAUGCUUCAGGCCAUCAGUCCGAGGCAGAGUCCCAGCAGCAGUCCCACACGCGAGCGUUCCCCUUCUCCAACCUUCCGUCUGCCCUUCUUCACCAAGACCUCCCCGUCCUCCUCACCCUCCUCACAUCACAGCAGCGCCCUGUCCGGCUACUCCUACGCCGCCCGCAAACAGGCCAUCAGCGAAGACGAGGAGGACGACGAAGAUUAGAUUGCCACAGCACACCAUGCAUCUGUCUUCCAAGACUGGCUAUCGAACCUCAGAAACGAAGCAAUCCUUAAACAAUCCAUCAGUUUUGCACACGGUAUUAUUAACAGAUAUGAAGGUGUAAAAUGGAGCGAAGUGUAGAAAUUAGUGACUCAAACGUGUGGGAUGGGAUGCGAGUAUUCAGACUUCAGCGUCUCGUUUUGAAUCACACAGGAUUGUUUUAGAAUGAGUGCUCAUGGUAUUAAUGCAUUUCAGUUUUAAUGAUUUUAAUGUUCGUAUCAUAAUAUAUAAAUGUCAGACAUCUCAUUGGUCACACGUCUCUUCUUGGGAAAACGUUGAAUACAAGGAACUGUGAGAAAUGCAAUCCUCUAUACAAAAGAGCUUAAAAAUAAUAAUAAAAUGUUUUUAUUUUUUGUCGCAAGGUGCAUAAUCAGUGUUGUCACGGUUAAUAGUUCUAAACAUGUGUUGAAUAACUAAAAUACGCCAAUAUUACCGAGGCACCUUGAGCAUGGCUGUUGGGAAAGUGAGAUAGUAACUGUACCGUCUUUGACUUAAUCGAAUUGGUCUCCCUUUACUCAUCUACUUGAGGUUGGUGUGUCAUGCUUUAGUACAGGUCAUGAUUACAAAUUUAAACACUGUAUUUUAAAAAAUAAAUGCUUUACAUAAAAUAGAGUUGUUAAACUUUUGAAAAGAAAGUGAAGCAAAUCACUGUUUUUUUCUAUCAUUUACCGCACAAUGCCGUUUAUCUUUCACUGUGAUUGUUCUCAUGGAGCUUAGGCUAAACUAAGGCUAAAGGGCUUGUUUUUCAUGUUCAGUUCAGAUGAGUUUUGGACUUGAUAAUUGCUUAAGUGCUGCAAGUGAAACCAACUGAGCUGUCUAUUAUGAUUAAUAGUUCACAAUUAAACCACUUGAAAGGAAUAUUCUGGGUCUGAUCUCAACAGUUACUGUCCAGUUUGAUAGAAAAUAAUUUUUAUUUGGUAUACUAAAAGAAAAACAACGAAAGAGUUACACACAUGGAAGGCUAUAAAGCAAUCAUUGGUUUAAGUGUGUAAUUGUCCGUUUUUUGAGUCCGUCGCGUCACGUGACAUGAAAAAAAUAUAAAUGGCGUGGCACGAAUUAAGAAUUCGUUUUUUCGUUUUAGUAAAUCGUGGGGAUAUUGAAAUAAUUCCCACGUUUUGAUUUAACUAAACGAAUUAUUACAACAUGCUACGAUUUAGUGAAUCAUGGGAAAGAAUUAGUAAAACGUGAUGAUAUUAAGUCGUUACGAUACAGUUGUUUUUUAACCGGUUGAGGCACAAAAUGUUCUUGCGAUUAACUUGUAUGUAACCCUUAUCAUUAACUUUGAAUAGUUUUGUCAGCAUUUUUUUUUUAAAUGUACAUUUAUGGAUAUGCCAAUUGUACGUUUAAAUUGAGAUUGUACCUCUAGUGAUUAUAUAAUUUUUUUUGUUGUUGUCUCGUUUCAUAAUUUGACAAGAGGCAGAGGCUCGUCAAACUGCUGUCCAGACUUUCACUGAUUUCAGAAUUCAAUGAUUGACGCUUCACUUUCAUGGUAAUGUGUUUUCAAGCCUCUGAUUUUUCCUUUGCACAAAUUAAAUGAAUCUAGGAGAAUUAUUUAUUAACUUUGCCUUCCCUAAUCCUGUCAGCUUUUGAUUGUACAGGAUGACAACAGAGACAGGAAGACAAAUAAAUGGUGUUUAAUGUAAAA